UGGUGACUUGAUGAUUAUCAAAAUUACGCGUGUUACCCUGUGCCAAGGUGACAAGAUAAGCCACCACCAACAAACGCCGGGGAGCAGUUUUGAAUUCGUGCGGGCGGGCCCGGACACGAACUUGACAAAGGUCCAGCCCGGAUCAAUUGGAGUUAAUUUUGAAUUACAUCGCCGCAGUUAUAGGCCACAAUGGCUUCCGGGAAACAAGCCAAAGUGCCCAAGAAUCUGGCACAGUUAUCGAUCGAAGAAAAAACACAAUUCCUCAACUCGUUCGACAUGGUGCAGACGGAUUGUGAUGGUGUGCUUUGGAAUGCGAAGGACGUUUUUCCCGGUGGCGAACGUACCAUCCGAGAGCUCCGGAACGUGGGCAAACGGAUGCUCUACGUUUCUAACAACAGUGUCCGAACGAUGGAGGAUUACCGGAACAAGCUCGGUCGGCUAACGGAUUACACGCUGGAUGAGGACGAUAUUGUUCAUCCGGCACGGACUAUCAUCGAGUACCUGCGAUGGAGGGAGUUUGAUGCGCUCUGUUACGUUAUCGGAAGUACAAACUUUAAAAACUGUCUCAGGGAAGCCGGCAUUCAAAUCAUCGACGGUCCGAAUGACCCUAUAGAGGGAUUACACGAUGCGAUUGCCCAGAUCAACGAUCAGCAACCGGUGAAAGCGGUCAUAGUAGACUUUGACCACAACUGCAACAACCUCCAGCUACAGCGUGCUCAGCUGUAUCUCCAGCGCUGCAACGAUUGCUGGUUCAUUGCUGGAGCCAUGGAUAAAGUGCUUCCGGUCGGGCCACGGAUGCGUCUCAUCGGUUCCGGGUUCUACGUGGAAAUGUUACAACAAUUGGCCGACUGCAAGCCGAUCGUUCUCGGUAAACCGGGACGUGAAAUGAGCAAAGCCAUAAAGCGCCUCUACUCGAUCGAGAACCCUCACCGGGUACUGUUUGUUGGAGAUCAGCCGAGGAGCGAUGUUAAGUUUGGAAGCAUUUCCGGUUUCCAGACGCUUCUCGUUGGCACCGGUGGUGUGCGACCGGAACAUCUGCUGACGGUGGGAGAGGAUCGGGAUGAGGAAACCGUUCCGGAUUAUUACAUUCCUACGUUUGCGGACCUGGCACAGAUCGUGCUAGAUGUGCAAACGCACCUGACCAAAGCCGUUUUAUAGUUUCAUUAGUUAAUAAGGUAUAUCACUUAGAAAUGUUCCAAAGGAUCUGCUUAUAAAGCUACUCAGGCCAGAUUUCAAUCGAACAAGUUGAAUUAACUCCUUUUCAUAAUGUUUUCUGGAUCAGGACGAUAUUCUUUAAAAAAGUUUCAUGUUUAACAGAAACGAUUCCUA